UGUAGUGACCAGUUUCACAAGACAUCUUAAAGCUAUUACAAUUUGCAAACCUGACGAACACCAAAGCCUGUGAGUAAAGGGGUUUUGCUAGUUCAGCUUGUGUAGAGGGAUGCUAGACAUUGCAGAUAGAUAAUGUGUGUUUCAGUGUAGUAAGCAAGCACAUGUUAGGCCUAUCUUUUGUAUUAGCUAUGUAUAAUGUAUGUUGCUUGAUUAGCCAUGCUUAUAUUUGUUUUCUAUGUUUGUUUCACAGUUUUACCACAUCACAUCUCAUCCCAUAUCAUCAUACUAUUGUACACAUUCCUGUUCAUUAUUUCUCAGUAAAGAUUGCAUCAGUUCAACAACCAGCGCGUCUUUCAUUGGGACUUGGUUUAUACUUGAUGUUAAGCUGUGUACCUAAAGCAACACACACAGCCGAGGCAUUACAGUAAAAAGGCUUUAAAAAGUUGUCAGAAGCAGUUAAACAGCUUUGAAUCGUCGUUCCGCAGUAAAAGGACUAAUAACUCCUUUCAGCCACGUGGAGUGAAGCUAAAGUGAAACUAAUUUCUCUCAAUCACUACAACACUGAUACUGCCUGUGUCCAGUCAUCAUCAUUAUCCACGCUGCCAGCUAAAUCAAGAUGCAGAACACAGAGAACAACACUCUGACAGUUAACCCUCAAUGCUCCUAUAAGGAGGAUGACACACACAGCUUGCCAAGAAUCAAGUCUAGAUGCACAACAUUGUCUAGAGCAUCCAGUCAAACAAAUCUGACUUCAGCUAGCGCCGAUUCAGCAAGAUCUAAGCGUACUAGUUCUAGACAUUCAAGCAUCACCAGUCUGUCAUCGGCUAGCGACAAAGCGACUAAGGCAAGAGCAAAAGCAGAGGCAGCUUUCGCCAUGGCUUCUUAUGCGGAGCAAGAAGCUGAAUUGAUGAGAGAAAAAGCAAAGAGUGAAUCUGAAGCAGUCAAAAAGAAAGCAGAAAGUGAAUCUGAAGCACUCAAAAAGAAAGCAGAAGUGGAAGCAUCUUUACACUUACUCAAACAGCAGAAAAACGCUGCAGCAGCCUUAGCCGAGGCAGAAGUUUUCACAAGGGCUGCCGAAGCUCAGUACGAUGGCAUAGAAAACCAGACGUCAUCCCACAGCGCAAUCCAGCGCACCCGUGAGUACGUACAGUCACAAGCAACCAUGUACACCGACCAGCAGUCCAAUGACGCACCUAGGUCUUCAUUGACUCCACCAGCAAUAAGCAACUUUGAUACUACGCAACAUUGCAAGGCUGAAUCAGAAUCCCAGAGUGGGAAGUCAAGUGGUCGCAUGCUCGGAGACCAAUCUGCCAACCCUCCAAGAGUGCAAACGGAUGCUCACGUACUCCCUCCUCAAGCAAAUACAAGUCUGGAUUAUAGCAGAAAGACUAACAACAGACGAGAACAACCACCUAAACAAAGUGGAUUCAGUCAAGCGCCUCAUCAGCCUUACCAGCCGCAGCCAUACCCUGAGUUUACACCCGAGAAGUAUUCGCCAGACGCAACAAGUGCUAUAGAAGUGGCAAAAUUCCUGAUGCACCGUGAGAUAGUAGGCGCUGGUCUCAUGAAAUUCGAUGACCGUCCAGAAAACUACUGGGCCUGGAAGUCAUCUUUCCUGAGUGGUACCCAAGACUUAAAUCUGACAGAGAAAGGAAAGCUUGACCAGCUCGUCAGAUGGCUAGGACCAGAGUCCACUGAGCAAGCCCAAAGGAUCAGAUCAGUACAUGUUCAUGACGCAGCAGCAGGACUUGCAAUGGUGUGGCGGAGACUAGAACAAUGCUAUGGUUCACCUGAAGUGAUCGAGGAUGCUCUGCUGAAAAGGAUAGAAAACUAUCCAAGAAUAACAAGUAAGGAUUACCAAAAGCUGAGAGGUUUGGGAGACCUACUCUUAGAAAUAGAAGCCGCUAAGUCUAGUGGAUAUCUGCCAGGUCUCUCAUAUCUGGAUACAGCACGUGGAGUUGAGCCCAUAAUCGAGAAACUUCCUUACAACUUACAAGAAAGGUGGGUAGCUCAAGCUUCAAGAUACAAGAAAGAUCAUCGAGUUGCAUUUCCACCGUUCGCCUUCUUCGCUGAAUUCAUAGAAGACCAAGCUGAAAUACGCAAUGACCCAAGCUUUGCUUUCCUGAACACGAGAACGGCAAGCUUCCCAAAGGUAGAGCAGAAACCUCCAGGGCUUUACAAAGAACGCAGAGCAACAGUUUCUGUAAGGAAGACAGAAGUUCCGCCUGAAUCUGCAGCCAAUCAGGAAGACAACACAAGGAAGAAAGUUGAGCAGCCAGACAAAAUAUGUCCUAUCCACAACAAGCCUCAUCCACUAAGAAAAUGUCACAGUUUCAGAAAUAAGACAUUAGAAGAGCGCAAAGCUUAUCUUAAAGACAAUAAUAUUUGUUUCAGAUGCUGCGCUUCAAUUCAGCAUCUUGCAAAAGACUGUACAAAAACAAUACAAUGCGCAGAGUGUAACAGUGACAAACACUUGUCAACACUGCACCCGGGACCACCACCAUGGAAACAAGAAGUUCCGGCAACUCAAGAAGAUCAUGGUGGGGAGCAAGGCGAGAGUACAACGCCAGCAGUAACCUCAAAGUGCACUGAGAUCUGUACAGAGCAGGGCCGCUCAAGAUCAUGCUCCAAGAUAUGCUUAGUCAAGGUGUAUCCAGCAGGUUUCAGAGAGAAGGCAAUCAAAGUGUACACAGUCUUGGAUGAACAGAGUAACAGAUCUCUGGCAAAAACAGAAUUCUUUGACCUCUUCGGUGACAAAGGAAGUCCAACUCCAUACACCUUGAAGACUUGUUCUGGAGUUGUAGAGACAAUAGGGAGAAGAGCAAAUAACUACAUCAUCGAGUCAUUAGAUGGAAAGACAAAGGUGACUCUUCCUACCUUCAUAGAAUGUGAUGAGAUACCAGACGACAGGUCAGAGAUUCCCACACCUGAAGUUGCUCGUCAUCACCCACAUCUGGUGCGAAUAGCAGACCAAAUACCAGAACUAGAUCCAGAUGCUGCAAUCACCCUUCUACUUGGGAGAGAUAUUCUCAGAGUGCACAAAGUCAGAGAACAGUACAAUGGGCCACACAAUGCACCAUUUUCACAACGCCUUGAUCUCGGAUGGGUCAUCGUUGGAGAAGUAUGUCUAGACGGACUGCACAAACCAGCAAAGGUAAAUGUCUACAGAACGCAUCUGUUGCAGAAUGGUCGUACAUCUUGUCUUUGCCCAUGUACCAACAGUCUACACAUUAAAGAGAGAUUAGAUAACCCAACACAUCAUCGAAGUAUCCAGAGGUGCAUGGAAGACUUAGCCUCAACUGGAAAUGCAGAUGAACUGGGUUGUAAGGUGUUUGAAAGAACACGAGACGACGACAAGCCAGCACCCUCGGUGGAAGAUACCCUCUUCCUCGAGAUCAUGGACAGAGAAGUCUACAGAGACAAGUCAGGCAGCUGGGUAGCCCCUCUACCCUUCUGGUCACCACGCCAUCGCCUUCCUGACAAUAGGGUACAAGCAGAGAAACGCUUCAGUUUGUUGCAGCGCACUCUACAAAGAAAACCAAAUAUGAAGAAACACUUCCAAGCCUUCAUGCAAAAGAUUUUUGACAACAAGCAGGCAGAAAGGGCACCACCACUACAAGAAAACCAAGACUGGUACUUACCAAUAUUUGGGGUGUAUCAUCCUCAGAAACCAGGUCAGAUACGUGUAGUAUUUGACUCUAGUGCGAAGCACGAAGGCAUCUCAUUAAACGACGUCCUUCUCAGCGGACCUGACCUGAACAACACACUCCUUGGAGUACUCAUCAGGUUCAGAAAAGAACUUGUAGCAGUAACAGCAGAUGUACAACAGAUGUUCUACUGUUUCUUUGUUCGAGAAAAUCACAGAGACUACUUAAGGUUCCUGUGGUAUGCAGACAAUGACUUUAACAAAGACAUCACAGAGUACAGGAUGAAGGUACAUGUGUUUGGAAACAGCCCUUCCCCAGCUGUAGCUAUCUACAAUCUGAAACAAGCAGCACAGCAAGGUGAAAGACAUGGUCAAGAAGCCAAACAGUUCGUCAUGAAGAACUUCUACGUGGACGAUGGACUUGCUUCUUUCUCCAGCAACGAAGAAGCUAUUAACGUCCUGAAAAGUACAAAAGAAAUGUUGGCAGAAUCCAACAUAAGAUUAAACAAGGUAGCUUCCAACAGCUACAGAGUCAUGGAAGCAUUUCCAAUGGAAGACCGUGCUAAAGACCUCAAAGACUUAGAUCUAGGAACAGAAUCACCACCCUUGCAAAGAAGUCUUGGGCUUAGUUGGGACCUAAAGACUGACAGUUUCACCUUCAGGGUCUCCAGAGAAGAGAAACCAUUCACAAAAAGAGGCGUCCUAUCUACAGUCAACAGUCUUUAUGACCCCCUGGGAUUCGUAGCACCCAUCAUCAUGCAAGGCAAAGCUCUUUUGAGACAGAUCACUACUGAGCAAGAACAAAUUGACUGGGACGUACUUCUUCCUGAAGAGAAGCAAAUGCAGUGGAAGUUGUGGAAAGACUCAUUGUUAGAGCUUGAACAACUCAACAUUCCAAGACCGUACGUAUUUGUUUCCUUGUCUGCUACAAAGAGGAGAGAAUUAUGCGUAUUCUCUGACGCUUCCACUAUGGCUAUCGCAGCUGUAACUUACCUUAGGGUAAUAGACACUGAGGGACAAAGCCAUGUUGGGUUCAUCAUGGGAAAAUCUAAACUAGCUCCCAGACCUGCUCACACUGUCCCACGUCUAGAACUUUGUGCUGCUGUCUUAGCGGUAGAGAUGGCAGACAUGAUUACGACUGAACUGGACAUUGAGAUCCAUGCAGUGAACUUUUAUACCGACAGCAAGAUUGUGUUAGGAUAUAUUCACAACGCUUCAAAAAGAUUUUACACAUACGUGACCAACAGAGUGACACGUAUCAGAAAGUCUACAAGUCCAGAUCAGUGGCAUCACAUCAGCACAGACAAGAAUCCAGCUGAUCAUGGGACAAGAUUGGUGUCAGCCGCUGUACUCAAGAAAACUAACUGGUUCGUAGGUCCAUCGUUUCUUGGUAAGCCAGAAACCAAAGAGACUACUCAGGUAGAGACCUUUCAGCUCAUAGAACCAGAUCAAGACAAAGAGCUAGAUACUCCUGCAGAGCUACUAAUACUGAUCAGCGUAGCAACGACCAUCUUGAACAAGCUAAGGUUCGCGAUCAUCAAAUGCAUCCAGCAGGAAGUCUUUAAAGAAGAAAUUCAAAGCCUUCUGAAAAAGGAAGAGAUUUCUCGACACAGUUCGCUCAAGAAGUUGAACCCUAUCCUCGACGAAGACAGAGUACUAAGAAUUGGAGGUCGUUUGUCGGCAGCGGAUAUGACUAUCCAAAAGAGACAUCCCUUCAUCAUACCUAAGAAUCAUCACAUCGCUCUUCUUCUGGUAAGACACUAUCACGAGCAAGUUGCACAUCAAGGACGACACUUCACUGAAGGAGCAGUACGGUCAGCAGGAUUGUGGAUCAUAGGAGGUCUAGACGUUUUUGGACCAUGGAACAUCUCUUCUCGCAAGACCAGAGGAGGCAGUGCCGAAAGUAAACGUUGGGCUGUUCUGUUCUCUUGCCUGAGUACUAGAGCAGUUCAUAUUGAAGUGAUUGAACCUUUAUCCACUUCAAGUUUCAUCAAUGCCUUGAGAAGAUUCUGCUCUAUCAGAGGACCAGCGAAAUUGAUUCGUUCAGACCGUGGCACAAACUUUAUUGGGGCCUGCAAGGAGUUGAAGAUCAUCUCUACAGACUCUGAAACAGGUUCCUAUCUUCAAGAUCAAGGAUGCACUUGGACUUUUAAUCCUCCACACGCAUCGCAUAUGGGAGGAGCCUGGGAGAGGAUGAUUGGAGUAGCUCGUCGUAUUCUGGAUGCCAUGCUCCUGAAGGUUGGGUCUACUCGCCUCACUCAUGAAGCUUUGACUACACUAAUGGCUGAAGUCGUGGCCAUUAUGAACGCCAGACCUUUGGUUCCAGUGUCUACAGAUCCAGAGAUGCCGUCAGUCUUGACACCCGCAAUGCUGCUGACCCAGAAGAUGGAACCAGUGACAGCUCCCACAGGAGACUUUGACCUCAAGGACUUGUACAUCAAGCAAUGGAGACAAGUUCAAAGUCUUGCGGACAUUUUCUGGAAGAGGUGGAGACAGGAAUACCUGGUGACACUCCAGCCACGCAAGAAAUGGCAAGAUGACAAACCCAACUUACAAGUUGGAGACAUUGUCUUAUUAAAAGACACUCAGGCCCACAGGAACGAAUGGCCUAUUGGACUCAUUGUGGGGACUGAUCCUAGUAGUGAUGCUAGAGUUAGAAGUUAG